UGGUAUGCACUAGAUGAUGAGUAUAUAAUGAUAAUAUUAUUAAUGCACAGUAGAGAAGAGUUCUCAAAGCUUCUUUCUUAGUUUGUUCUGUUCCAUAAAGCAGAGUCACUUUGAAAAAAAAAAAAAAAAGUCUUUAGUUAGGUAGGUCGAUCAUGCAGAGGUUAGCUUCCUAUUCAAGCUUUUGAUUUCUUUCUCUCUCAAUCAACUGAUAAAUAAGGAGAACUUAAGUUGAUCAUUGGUAGUGUUGAAAAUGUCAAGUAGAAGGGGUUCCGAUCAUCAGCCGCCACAGAGGCGGAUUAUGCGGACUCAGACUGCUGGUAAUCUGGGAGAGUCAAUGUUGGAUAGUGAGGUGGUGCCUUCUUCACUGGUUGAGAUAGCUCCAAUUCUCCGUGUUGCUAACCAAGUAGAGACCAGCAACCCUAGAGUUGCUUAUCUCUGUCGUUUCUAUGCCUUUGAGAAAGCUCACAGAUUAGAUCCCACAUCUAGUGGUCGUGGUGUUCGCCAGUUCAAAACUGCACUCUUACAACGUCUGGAAAGGGAAAAUGAACUUACAAUGCAAGGGAGGUCGAUGAGUGAUGCUAGAGAAAUGCAGAAAUUUUAUAGAGAUUACUAUCAAAAGUAUAUUCAAGCUUUACAGAGUGCAGCUGAUAAAGCUGAUCGUGCCCAACUUACAAAAGCAUACCAAACUGCUGCUGUCCUUUUUGAGGUUUUAAAGGCUGUCAACCAGACAGAAGCUGUGCCUGAAGAGAUUCUGGAAGCUCACACAAAGGUUGAGGAAAAGACAAAGAUAUAUGUACCUUACAAUAUCCUUCCUCUUGAUCCUGAUAGUCAAAAUCAGGCUAUUAUGAGAUAUCCCGAGAUUCAAGCUGCUGUUUCUGCCCUCCGAAACAUCAGGGGUUUGCCAUGGCCAAAGGACUACAAGAAAAGAAUAAAUGAAGACAUUCUGGAUUGGCUUCAAUCCAUGUUUGGUUUUCAGAAGGAUAAUGUGGCAAAUCAAAGGGAACAUUUGAUUCUAUUACUUGCAAACGUGCACAUACGACAAUUUCCAAAGACUGAUCAGCAACCAAAGUUGGAUGACCGCGCUCUAACAGAUGUGAUGAAAAAACUUUUUAAGAACUACAAAAAAUGGUGCAAGUAUUUGGGACGAAAAAGCAGCCUUUGGUUGCCAACUAUUCAACAAGAAGUGCAGCAAAGAAAGUUACUCUAUAUGGGUCUUUAUCUUCUUAUAUGGGGAGAAGCAGCAAAUUUGAGAUUCAUGCCAGAAUGCCUUUGCUAUAUAUAUCAUCACAUGGCAUUUGAAUUGUAUGGAAUGUUGGCUGGGAGUGUCAGUCCAGUGACAGGCGAGCACAUAAAACCUGCCUAUGGAGGAGAAGAUGAGGCUUUCUUAGGGAAAGUGGUAAAACCAAUAUAUGAUACUAUAGCAGAGGAAGCUAAAAGGGGUAAAGGAGGAACAUCAAAGCAUUCUCAAUGGAGAAACUAUGAUGAUUUAAAUGAGUACUUCUGGUCGGUUGAUUGCUUUCGAUUAGGUUGGCCUAUGCGUGCUGAUGCUGAUUUCUUUUGCCCACCAAUAGACGGGCUUCAACUUGAAAAAGAUGAGCAGAAGAGGCGAGUUACUAGCAAUCGAUGGAUUGGCAAAGUUAAUUUUGUAGAAAUACGUUCAUUUUGGCAUCUUUUCAGAAGCUUUGAUAGAAUGUGGAGCUUUCUUAUUUUGUGUUUACAGGCAAUGAUUAUCAUUGCUUGGCAAGGAUCAGGGAAAUUGAGUUCUAUAUUUGAAGGAGAUGUGUUCAAGAAAGUUCUAAGCAUCUUCAUUACUUCUGCCAUACUAAAUUUUGCUCAAGCUGUGAUUGAUAUAAUUCUGAGUUGGAAGGCAAGGAAGACCAUGCCAUUUUAUGUUAAACUAAGAUAUAUUUUGAAGGUUUUAUCGGCUGCAGCAUGGGUCAUAAUUCUACCUGUAACUUAUGCUUAUAGUUGGAAAAAUCCUCCAGGAUUUGGACAGACUAUUAAGAAAUGGUUUGGAAAUAGUGCAAGUUCACCUUCUUUGUUCAUUUUGGCCAUCCUUAUUUACUUAUCUCCCAACAUCCUAUCUGCAUUGUUAUUUCUGUUCCCAAUGGUUCGCCGGCUUCUUGAGCGGUCAAACUAUAAAAUUGUGAUGCUUGUAAUGUGGUGGUCUCAGCCUCGUCUCUAUGUUGGAAGAGGAAUGCAUGAGAGCUCCAUUGCACUUUUUAAGUACACCAUCUUUUGGAUUCUCUUAAUUUUAUCAAAAUUGGCAUUCAGUUAUUAUGCAGAGAUUAAGCCUCUUGUGGGUCCAACAAAAGCUAUCAUGAAAGUUCGUAUAAACAGAUACCAGUGGCAUGAAUUCUUUCCUCGAGCCAAGAGUAAUAUUGGUGUUGUGAUUGCACUAUGGGCUCCUAUUGUCCUUGUCUAUUUUAUGGAUACUCAGAUUUGGUAUGCUAUCUACUCAACUUUAUUUGGAGGUAUUUAUGGAGCCUUUCGCCGCCUUGGUGAGAUUCGGACAUUGGGAAUGCUGAGGUCUCGAUUCCAGUCAUUACCAGGGGCUUUUAAUGCAUGCUUGAUUCCAGUGGAAAAUAGCGAGAAGACCAAGAAAAAAGGACUGAAAGCCACUUUUUCCCGGAAAUUCAAUGAGGUCCCAUCUGACAAAGAGAAGGAGGAAGCAAGGUUUGCGCAGAUGUGGAACAAAAUAAUCACUAGCUUCAGGGAUGAAGAUCUGAUAAAUAAUAGGGAAAUGGACUUGAUGCUUGUUCCAUACUGGGCUGAUGAUGAUCUAGACCUCAUUCAGUGGCCUCCAUUUUUACUCGCUAGCAAGAUUCCAAUAGCAUUGGAUAUGGCAAAGGACAGUAAUGGUAAAGACCGUGAAUUAAAAAAGAGGUUGACUUUGGACAACUAUAUGCACUGCGCAGUUCGUGAAUGCUAUGCCUCAUUCAAAAGUAUCAUCAAAUUUCUGGUUCUAGGGGAAAAGGAAAAAUUGGUUAUAGACGAUAUUUUCUUCAGGGUUGAUGAGUAUAUACAAAAUGACACCCUGAUAGAGGAAUUGAAUAUGAGUGCUCUCCCGACCCUCUAUGAUCAGUUUGUGAAUCUUAUUGAAUAUUUGUUAAUAAAUAAGAAAGAGGACAAAGAUAAAGUUGUCAUUCUGUUGCUUGACAUGCUAGAGGUGGUGACCAGAGACAUCAUGGAUGAUGAGUUUCCAAGUUUGCUCGAGUCAAGCCAUGGUGGAUCUUAUGGAAAACAGGAGGAAAUGACACUUGACCGACAGUAUCAGUUUUUUGGCAUGCUAAAAUUUCCAGUAACAGAAACAGAAGCUUGGAAAGAGAAAAUCAGAAGGCUUCAUCUAUUGCUCACAGUGAAGGAGUCAGCUAUGGAUGUGCCAUCUAACUUGGAAGCUAGAAGACGAAUGUCUUUCUUCUCCAAUUCAUUGUUUAUGGACAUGCCAACUGCACCAAAAGUUCGAAACAUGCUUUCAUUCACUGUCCUGACUCCUUACUAUGAUGAGGAGGUUCUGUACUCCAUCAAUCUUCUGGAGAGGCCAAAUGAAGAUGGGGUUUCUAUCCUUUUCUACUUGCAAAAAAUCUUUCCAGGUCUCAUGUUUUAUGGGAUUGCAAUAGAUGAGUGGACAAACUUUCUUCAACGGGUUGGAUGUAAUGAGGAAGACCUCAGAGCAUCUGAAGAAUUGGAAGAAGAACUUCGUUUAUGGGCAUCAUACAGAGGCCAAACAUUGACCAAAACUGUACGAGGCAUGAUGUAUUACCGUAAAGCUCUAGAACUUCAGGCCUUCCUUGAUAUGGCAACAAAGAAAGAAUUGAUGAAGGGCUACAAGGCUGCUGAAUCAAGUAGCGAGGAACAGUCGAAGAGUGAAAGGUCACUAUGGGCACAAUGUCAGGCAGUAGCUGACAUGAAAUUCACUUAUGUUGUUUCAUGUCAACAAUAUGGAAUUCACAAACGAUCGGCUGAUCCUCGUGCUAGAGACAUUUUGAGGCUUAUGACAAUCUAUCCAUCUCUUCGUGUAGCGUAUAUUGAUGAGGUUGAAGAAACUAGUAAAGAUAAAUCCAACAAGAUGGUUGAGAAGGUCUAUUAUUCAGCUCUUGUGAAGGCUGGUCCUCCAACCAAGCCUAUUGAUUCUUCUGAGCCAGUUCAAAAUCUAGAUCAGGUAAUAUAUCGGAUAAAGCUUCCAGGACCUGCAAUGCUGGGUGAGGGGAAGCCAGAAAAUCAGAACCAUGCCAUUAUUUUCACACGGGGAGAGGGAUUACAAACAAUAGAUAUGAAUCAGGAUAACUAUAUGGAAGAAGCCUUCAAAAUGAGGAACUUGCUCGAAGAAUUUCUUCAAAAACAUGAUGGUGUAAGAUAUCCAACAAUACUUGGAUUACGAGAGCAUAUAUUCACUGGCAGUGUUUCAUCUCUCGCAUGGUUUAUGUCAAAUCAGGAAACCAGUUUUGUUACUAUUGGGCAGAGAUUGUUGGCUAGUCCUUUGAAAGUGCGAUUCCACUAUGGUCAUCCAGAUGUGUUUGACCGACUGUUUCAUUUGACUAGAGGAGGUGUCAGCAAGGCUUCUAAAGUUAUCAAUUUAAGUGAGGACAUAUUUGCAGGUUUCAACUCUACAUUGCGUGAAGGCAAUGUUACUCAUCAUGAAUACAUUCAAGUUGGUAAAGGAAGGGAUGUGGGACUUAAUCAAAUAUCUAUGUUUGAGGCAAAAAUAGCUAAUGGGAAUGGUGAACAGACAUUAAGUCGUGACGUUUAUAGGCUUGGGCAUCGAUUUGAUUUUUUCCGAAUGCUGUCUUGCUAUUUCACUACUGUUGGUUUCUAUUUCAGUACCUUUUUAACUGUGCUCAUAGUCUAUGUAUUUCUUUAUGGCCGCCUUUAUCUUGUUCUUAGUGGUCUUGAAGAAGCGCUGAGUACGGAGCGGGCUAUUAGAGACAACAAGCCUCUUCAAGUAGCUCUUGCUUCUCAGUCAUUUGUACAGAUUGGGUUCUUGAUGGCCUUGCCAAUGAUGAUGGAAAUUGGCUUAGAAAGCGGAUUCCGCAAGGCAUUAAGUGAUUUCAUAUUGAUGCAACUACAAUUAGCCCCUGUAUUUUUCACAUUUUCUCUAGGAACAAGAACUCAUUAUUAUGGGAGGACAUUGCUUCAUGGAGGUGCACAAUACAGAGGUACUGGUCGCGGUUUUGUCGUGUUCCAUGCCAAAUUUGCCGAUAACUAUAGGAUGUAUUCCCGCAGCCAUUUUGUCAAAGGGAUUGAACUGAUGAUUCUGCUUCUUGUGUAUCAUAUUUUUGGAAGUUCAUAUAGGGGGGUAGUUCCAUACAUCUUGAUUACUGUAUCAAUUUGGUUUAUGGUGGGGACAUGGCUUUUUGCUCCUUUCCUCUUUAACCCUUCAGGGUUUGAGUGGCAAAAGAUUGUUGAUGACUGGACAGAUUGGAAUAAAUGGAUAAAUAACCGUGGAGGUAUUGGUGUACCUCCAGAAAAGAGUUGGGAAUCCUGGUGGGAAAAAGAACAGGAGCAUCUUCGAUAUUCUGGGAAGCGUGGAAUUAUUGUGGAGAUACUUUUGGCAUUGCGCUUUUUCAUCUUUCAGUAUGGCCUCGUGUAUCGUCUAAGCAUUAUUGACGAUACCAAAAAUUUUCUGGUUUAUGGUGUAUCAUGGGUUGUUAUCAUUGUGAUAUUGUUAUUAAUGAAGGCUAUGUCUGUUGGAAGGCGAAAAUUCAGUGCAGACUUCCAGCUCUUAUUUCGAUUGAUCAAGGGUCUUAUAUUUGUGACAUUUGUUGCCAUAUUCAUUACAUUAAUAGCACUUCCACAUAUGACAUUUAAAGACAUUUUAGUCUGCACUCUUGCUUUCAUGCCUACUGGAUGGGGACUGCUGCUGAUUGCACAAGCGUGUAAGCCUUUGAUACAACAUGUUGGGUUUUGGGGAUCAGUGAGGACGCUUGCUCGUGGUUAUGAAAUAAUCAUGGGGCUGCUUUUAUUCACACCUGUUGCAUUCUUGGCUUGGUUUCCAUUUGUUUCGGAGUUCCAAACACGCAUGUUGUUCAACCAAGCAUUUAGCAGGGGUCUGCAGAUUUCUCGUAUUCUUGGUGGACCGCGGAAAGACCGAUCCUCCAAAAACAAAGAGUAGUGGACCACAAAGACAGCUUAUUAUCAGUGUAAAAAUUUUCAUACAUCUCUAGUAGUUCUUUCCCAUCACAUAAAAGACGAUUGGGGUGUAUAUAUGUGUUUAUAUUGUAAAUAUUAUUAUACUGUUAGGCUGUUAAAACAGUAUAAAAGUUUGUUUGGUAGUUGGAACAUCGUAAAACGGAAGGAAUAUUAUGUGUCCUGUAAUUAGAGUCCUGUUAGAACCAUAAGGCCUCGCCAGUGGUAUGAGAGUGUUAGUCUUUAUUCUUCCAGUGAUGGAUGUAAAUAGUAUGAUACUAGUAAAUUUUCAAAUCUUACGGGAUACAUGCUUUCUUGUA